CAACAUGGUAUUUUUACCAGUUUCCGCUAGACUUUAACACUAUAUAGUAUUGUAAAUCGAUAUCCUUUUUUUAUCUUGAUUUGUGGGAGUUGGAUGUCUUGAAGGUGUCACGAGUUUGGAAAAGUGAUGGUAUAGGACGCUGCUUGAUCUUGAGUUUCACCAGUGUCCAAUUGCCACAUCAUAUCUUCAUCCGCAUAUAAAAGAUAUGGCAAGUCUGCAUUUUUUGGAAGAAAAAACCACAAAAACAUUAGCUUCAAAAAAAUAGACUAGAAAUCCCAUUUCCCUCAGUAUUUAAAACACAUUUCAUUGAAAACAAAAUAUCUACCGUAUAUUCAUGGAUGUUAGACACAUUCCGAUGCAGUGAAAUUAGAAUCCACGGUAGUACAACAAAUUGUAGAGUCUGAGGACCCAGUUGAAAGGUUUCCGUGGUGGUGGUGGUGGUGGUGCGCCGUUAAGGUUUUACGUCACCUAGGUUAGCCUAGCCCCAAUUAGCUGGCAUGGGCAGGUGACGAGAAAGGUUUCCGACUUCGACGUUGUUAUAUAUACACUUGUGUAUACCCUCGCUGCCAGAUUAUUCUGAAUGAGUGCAGAAAUAAAAAUGAAAGGAAUUUCCAAAAAUAGAACUGCCUAAUUGUUUUUCAAAGAUAUAAAUAUUGCAUAAUUAACAAUAAAUAUUUCUGAAACGGUGCAGCUAAGCAUUUUUUGCAUAUUUAAAUUUAAUUUUAGAUAAUGUGUUUCUCAUCGUUUAACGAUGAGUAUAAAUAUUAUCGUCCUAAUUUAGCUAGAGAAUUUGUAUUUCCUGGAUGUUACUAUCGACUUCGUAACAAUUUUAUUCCAUACGAGUUCGUAAAAAACGUAUUUACACGAUUGAAGAAUGAUGAAGGCCACUUUCGAGAAAUAGUUGACUUAUUUUAUACGAAUGUGAAACAUGUUGAAUUUAUAGGGGCUGACAUCACUAUCGACCCUACAUUACAUAUAUCGACUAAACCCGAUUUUAUUUUCAAGUUACCAAAGAAUAUAAAUAUGUUAACAAUUACUAACGAUACCCCCAUCACAGACGAUCAAUUACAAAUUAUAGUUGCCAAAUUUCCACUUCUUUCUUUAUUAGAGAUUAGGGAUGGAUCAAUGUUGACAAAUAGAGCUUGCUUAAAUUUUGCGAGAAACUUUUCACGAUUGGAACAUUUAUCUAUAGAACGGUAUACACAUUUUGAUAUUAGUAGCAUAUUCGAUUUAUUCGAAUUAGAAGAUAAAUUGAGAACAAUGGCGUUUUCAGGAGGAGAUGUAAAAUCAUUUCCUUUUGAAAUGGUCAUGCAUAGAAUGACAAAUAUGUUAUGUUCUUAUUGUACCGUUCGCACCGCUGCUUAGUUUGUAGUUGUGAAAGAAAUAUAGAGAUAGGGCGAGAGAGAGGGGAGGGAGAGAGAGAGAAUGUGCGAAGAGAUAAAAAUAUGAAACGGUUUCUUUUGCAAUGGCUUAUUUAUGUCAACAUUACAGAAAGAGUGGAAAGGUAACUAUACCCUUACCACAGGCGAAGGAAAAAGUGGAUAUAUAACCACCACCCACCACCACAACACACAUCCCAUAACAUCGACAUGGAACAACUUCGCAAGAAAUCUUAUUCUGUGCCACAAAAGCGUUCUGCAAAAGUAGCCUUCGCUACAACUGCUGCUAUGAAUGAAGAUACGCUGUCUACUCCCGGUCCAUCACCAUCGUAUUCGUGGAGUUUACAAGAACCUGACAGCCCACCCACCAAACAGGUUCCUACCAUCUACAAAAGAGAUCAUGAUACCGAUGCGGUGACUACUACUAACGCUAUGGACGAAGAUGGCCGUUCUACUCCUGAUCCAUCCUGUUGGGAUCUACAAUCACCUCGUAGCCCCACCAUCAAGGACAAGAAAGAAGAAAAGAUUCCUGCCACCUACAAAAGGGACUAUGCCACUGCUAUCGCCAUGACGAAGGAAACUUCUAUCUGCGAACCAUCAUCGUGCAAUGGAGACCUGCAAUCACUUCGUAAGGUCUUCGACGAAGAGGUACGUCCCAUCACCGACAAAAUGGACGGUGCGUUUGCUGCUGCUUCCGAGACUGACAACAUCCUUGAGGAUGAUGAGGAUGACGACGACGAUGGGUCUGAUGUCGCCGACGACGACGAUGAGGAGGCGGAGCCAACUUGCUCUGGUAUUUCUGUUAAUUCGUUACCACUUGGAAGUUUUAUACGUACUCACGAAAAUUGUAUUCCAUUUGAGGUUUCCCUGUUGGUUAUGCAGCAUGUAGAGUGCAUUAAUUUAUGCUUGCAACAUCCAGAAAGUCAUUGGUGUGAUAUGACUAAUUUGUUUUUGGAUUCUAACGAACAUGACAAUUUGAAGUUUAUAACAAACGUUUUGGAGUUGGUCGACACUCCAACAACUACGCGUUAUAUCUAUUUGUCGGCAAUGCUGCAAGUAGAUGAACAGACUUUGCAGAUAAUUGCAGCUACAUUUCCGAAUCUUUUAUUGCUUCAUAUCCAAGACGGUUCAUUGCUAACAAACAAGGCGAUGGGAAUGAUUGCUAACAAAUUUAAUUUGGAACAUUUGUACAUUAGGAAUUGUAAACUGAUGACAAAUGUAGCAUUGAUGUGUCUCGCAGCUGCGCGUCCUACGCUUCGAACGCUUUGUUUAAUCGGAAGCAAGAACAUGAAGUUUAACAGUUUCCAAAGACUUAUUCAUAUCCAGAAGCAACUUCUUUGUGCAUAUUGUACUAUUUGAUUGCAUUGUUCUAUAAUGUAAUGGUUUUUUGCAAUGUUAUGUUACAUCAUUUCAUUAUGGAAAUUUUGUAUACUAUGGUUUGUUUUUACAUCUAUUGAAAUAUUUUAUAAUGGAGUGUAUUAUGA